GUAUAGUUUUAUCUGAAAUACCAAAUGAAAAACUCCCUCACUUCACAAGGUAGAGCCUGCAGGAUUGCUGCUUGGGAUUUAUAGUUAUGAGAGCAGCUGGUACAGUAGUUUGUCCAUCCCCUCAUUUGCCUCUUUCCAUACCAGUGCUGAUUUUCUCAGCAGUUAAAAGAGAAUAAAGAAAAAAAUAUGUACUUAACGUGCCUAAAUCUUCAAAAACUCCCACCAUUUCCUAUUUGAAUAAACUUGGAAGAAACUACACAUAGGUUAGGCUGUAUGAUCAUUCCUGUUGCACUGUGUUAUGCCAUGGCUGUCAUCUUCUGUCUUGUGGUUGGCUUUCCAUCUCCCUGAGACCUGAAAAAAAUGGAUGAGAAGGAGCAAUGGUUAAGAGACACAGCCAAGCUCUGUCUAGGCCCUUUCCAUAACCCUCGAGUAAAUCUGCUUAGGCAUCACUGUGCCCCAGGACAUGUGCAGUGUGCCUGGGAUUCAACAGUUCCAACCAGAUGAAUCUAUCACUGUAUUAAACGUGUCCUUGCAGAGGGCCUAAAGGAAGGGUCUCCAUUUUAUCUCAGGCCAUCCCUGCGUGCUUCCUAAAUAAAAAUGAACUUGAUUUAAAUCCAAGCACCAGCUAGUGAUGGCACCAGUUUCCUGAUGUCUCCAGCAGCCAUAGUUCACACAGCAUUGCCUGCUGCAGUGUCAGCCCUGAGCAGUGAGGAGAGGGUCUUCCACACCAAGCCAGCUCUGCUAAUCCUGCCUCAAGAGCUGAUUUAAUCUUUGACAUACCACCUGGCCACCUGUAGAAGAGGAGAUUCCUCUGAACAGUGGUGUCAUGAGACUGCAAAUUUGCAGAAGUCUCAGCUCUCUUUGCACAUGCCUAUUUUUCAGUCUUUCUGUUUACCUGCAGUGUACAUAUGAGAAAUCACACAGGGUCAGUGGGUCAAAAAAUUCUUAGUGCAUAAUUUUUAAGUGUAGUGGUUCAUGAGAAUAAGGAGAAGCUUCUGCUGUUUGCUCUGAAUUUUUCAAAUAAAAUGAGACCAAAACAAGCCCCAUAACUUGGUUAUCAUUAGGGAGGCUUAGAUGCAAUAUUUCUGAACGCAGUUUUAUAUUUUGCCAUUUCUAGUCUUCCAUUAACCCACUAAAAUGCCAUUCAUUUUCUUUUUUCCCCCAUAGUACUGAGAUAGCUGCCACAAGCGAGUGGGUAGAAAAUGUUGUCCAGCCAGAAAAAAAAGAGGAAGAACCAUUUGACACAGCUCAAUAGAAUGUUAAUCAGUUUCUUAAGUUAACUGCUUUCCUAGUAAUAGGGAGGAGGAUGAAAAAAAUACUUUCAGACUUUGGUUUCUAUUGAACUACAUGUAUCCCAUUUUCAGAGAACUCUUAAGUACAACAAAUGGCAGCAGAUAUUUUCCUUAUUUCUCUGAACAUGGGAACUAAAAGGGAAAAUUAAUUUACAUCCAUGUGGUUGCAUAGUUAAGUGAAGGCAGAGGAAAUGAGAUUUGUAGCCUCUGGAGAUAAUUCACUUGUUAAUUUGUGUCACCUUGUAGAGUUACAGAACUUGAUUCCUGAGCCACAAACACUGGCAGCACAUGCGCCACCAAAGUCAACUGAGCAGCAAAGGAAUGUUGGAAUAUUGCUGACACUGUAGUCUGAGCUCCCAUUAAAUGUUUAAUUUAAUCUAAUAUUACUUUAUCAUUAAAUAUAUAUCUCAUAGCCCAGAAUAGUUUAUUGAUGGGGAAUCUUUUCCUCUGUGUUCCCUGACUUGCAGUGACUUUGACCUACUUUAACAGUGCACUUGUGCUUUUUCUGUGUGUUUGACAUACAGCCUUAAAUUAGCAAGUUGACAUUGAAAUGCUGAUUUACACCUGCAGUCAAAUGGAUAACACAUGUUAAAGACUGAUUGUCAGCAGCUCCAAUACGUUAUUGCUUCAUUCUCUGUCAUUGUUUCUUGCCUUUAUGGGAUCUAAGGACAACAUUGGGUGAUGUUGUUAUGGCUAUGGACACAGCUGUGGGGGGCUGACACUGUUUAUGGUCUUUGUCAUUUAUCUAAAAGCUGACAUCACUUUCAGAAAAUUACUGUGAAACUUUGGAAGUUUAAGUGUUGCUGUAUGUUUUAAGACAGCAUUGGGAAUAAAAAAAAGCCUUUUUUGCUACCAUAAAACAAAAACAAACAGUUAACAUUGAAUAACUUGCUCUUCUGACCUUUUCACCUUAAGGAAGAUUAAUGGUGGUUUAGAUCAGAACAUCCCCCCUGAUCAGGGUCUGAAUGCUUCAGGGAUUCAGACAGACAAAGAAAAUCAUUUCACCCCUAGGUCACCAGCACAGACCUAUGGUGUCUCACUAGUGAUCACUGGAUGAUUUCUCAGUAGUUUAUGUGCAAGAGUUGGUGGUCAUAAUCCAUUUUCCAAGGGACAAGUUCCUGCCUCGUGAAAGCUGUCACCAUGUGCUUAUCCAAGCAGGAAAAAAUGGGAAUUAACAUGAACAGCCUGAAUUUCAUUUGCUUUGCACUACUGAAAUCUCAGAGACUCUGUUUCAGUGGAUCACUCUCUCUCCAGGAGAGGUUGAAGCCAUGCUGGUGCCCUUCUCUGGGUGGUGGCACCUCCGUGUUCCCUUCUGGAGGGAUGCAGCCUCUGGAGCACACAGGUCUCAUUCAGGCACACUCACAGUGUCACCACUUACAUUUAGGACAUCCUCAAAUAUCACAUCCCACAGCUUUCCUGUAGUCAUCUCCCAGGUUUAGUUCUUGGUGCGUGGUCAAGCUGGUGUACUACAAAUACUGUACUUGUAUUUUAAAUGGAAAACCUAAGGUUAGGACUCCUCAGUUAGUAAAACUGAGCAGAGAGCUGGCAGGCAGGUUCUGAUCAUAAAGUAACUCUUUAUGACUUCUCAUGUCAGAAAUUAUAAAGUCACCAACCCUAAAGCCCAAUUCGGAGUCCUACCCAGCAGAGCUGAGUUAAAACACCAAGGUGCCCAACAAAGGCAGCAGGGGCUUGGCUGACAGGCACUAAAGGUCUAAGUGUGUUCUUCAGCAGGGACACAGCAAGGCAGGCUUUGAGAAAAAGUGGCAGACACAUGAGUACAGUUCUUCACAGCUGAGAUGUUGAGCCUGAGUAUAUAACGUGGUUACACAUUACAGAGAGAAAAAGCUGGAGUGCUAGGGUCCAGGAGCUGAGAGGAUGAGACUUCAGGGGGACAUCUAAAAUGAGAAUAUGCAUUUUUUUAAAUGUUGUAAAAACCUGAAGGAUGAGGAAUCUAGCCUGAUGUCGCUAUUAGGUUCCAUAUCCAUAGCAAGGGCCACAAAAACUCUUACCUGUUCCCUUUCAGAUUUUUUUCUCACAGGGUUAGCUCUGUACAGUACUUUCCUAAUAGUGGACAGAGCAAGUGAACAGAUUACAGGUAAAACUGAAGUAAUAAAGGCAAAUGCCUAAAUGUAAAGGCUAACAGGAUAAAGGAGAAGGACAUGUAAAGAUCAUGAGUUCUGCAAAAAUCAGGGAUCUCAGAGGCUGUGGCAUGACUUUAAAAGUACUGACCUCUAUGUAGCUUAUAAGCUUGAAAAUCCUCUCCUAUGUAUUUGCAGCAUUAAUUCCUCUUGUUAUCUGAGGUGAUCUACUUUAAUCAGAUUCUUACAAACAAGUCAAGUGCUUACAGCAGAAGAUCUUUGACACCCCUACUGGCAGCGUCAGUGGAGAGGGCAAAGACCAAACUAGUGAAGAUCAGAUAAAUCGCUUCAUCUCAUCAAAAACUGUUUCAGGAUAAUUGGCAUCAGAGUUCCCCCCCUCCAGGCUCUUACCUGUAUGCUCUGUGGUCAUUUGAUGUACUGAUUGCACAAAAAAUACCUCAGAAUAAUCCAGUUUCAAAGGCACAGCAAUUCUGAAGCCUCCUCUGUCACAGUGCCAGCUCCUGUGCUAUUUUGCUUCUUCACACAGGCCACAUUAUUUGAGUCUGGAUCAAAAGGGGACUCACAAAUUUCACCUGCUUUUAUGCCUUUAGUGCAGCUUCUACUUUGUAUUUUCUAAGUUGCUAGUCCCAUGGUCUCUAGUCCAAAUAAUGAUGGUCCUUGUUUUAAAUUUAAUCUCAUUUUCACACAGUGCUUAAGCCAGAGGAGGCAAUGCCAUCUGAUACCCUCCAAAGACCUUUCAUCCCCAUUGGAGCACAUGUAUUACAUGUGGCAAAAGGAGCUUGAUGGCUGUGUGAGGACACACAAGAUAUGUAAGGUGACAGUUCAGGUUGCCUUACUCUUUAGACUCAUUCAUUGGAAAAAUCCUAAGUAUUUUGUGCCUGGUUACCCAAGAGUAGAUUUUACUGCAUAUGGUGCAAGACUCAGGAUGCUGUUGCAGCAAGAGAGCUGCCACUGCCUAAAUCCAGGAACCACAGGACAAGCUUUGGUUAAUGUGCUUCUUUGCCCAAAAAUGGUUAUGUGUUAAGCAGGAGCCAGUAGUUGAGAUAACCUUAAAAUGUUCUAAAGAAAAAAACUGGGAGUGAGAAGACGCUAUCUAAAAAUCAUUGUGGCUUAUCAGGGGAAUAAAGACCUCACUGAUCACUUCACUUGAAAAAUUAAUAAAUCCAGGACAAAUGUAGUUCAAGAUUAGCAUCUUAAUGAACUAUUAUUGUCACAGCCUGGUUUGGACAUAUCGCUCCUUUGUUGACAUUUUUAAUGCUUUCUGUGGAUUACCAGUACAUGACCAGUAUAUGAAAGCUUGUUAAGCCUCCACGUGCUCAACCUGGCCCUAGCUUUAAUACUGGCUUAGUGCAAUCCCUGCUGUUGGCACAAGCUCUGUGGGACUGGAACCUUGUGGUGCUAAGCAUUGUGUUUCUACUUAAUCAUCAUAUGGACCUAUUCAAGUGUGUUUUACAAGCUUGGGCACAUUUGUGAAUGCCCAAUUUUCUAUAUGUAACUUUUAUAAGAGAAGCCAAUCAGGGUUUUUGUUUUUUCCUUUUGUCUUUUUCUUCCUUUUUUUAAGAAUUCUGCAAUAUCAUUCUGUAACUAGUGGGGAAUGCUUUCAGCCUGGCUUCCAGGUCUGGUUGGUAUUUCGUUUCCCAAUUAGCAGAGAAGACUGUGCGCUCAUCUUUUCAAAUUGCAGAGCUCUUGCAUCUCUCUCUCCUGGUUCCCUGUAGAGAAUUUAAAGUUCAAAAUGUUUUUUGAAUGCCUCAAUCUUGUUCCCAUUCAGGAAAAAUCUGUUACAGCAGCUUCUAGACAGAUGCAAAUUCACAUGUUAUGUUUGAAAAUUCACUUAUUCACAGACCUUUAAACUGUGCAGUGCUACUUCAGUUUUGAACUAAUUUUGCUGUCUGCUAUGAGUGUGAAGUUUCUGAUAGUGUAUCUGUCUCUCUAUUCCUUUCAUUCAGAGAAAAACAACAGAUUAUGUAUGAGAAACUCACUGUAUUGUUUGCUUUUUUUUUGGUUGGUUUUCCUUUUUCCUUUCCUUUAUUUGCAAUUGUAAUUCUGUGGCCCUAAACUGAAACAAAGAUAUUUUCCUUCCACAAAAAAAAGCUGCUGGCAUUGCAUCAUGCAGAAUUGGUUUAGAGUAGAUGCCUGCAGUAUGCAUGUGCAGUUUUAUCCCAUCUUAUUUUUAAAUGGCUAUCUGUGCAUCCCUCUGGUUCUCAAUCCUAUUCCAAAAAUACCUGGGGUUUAUCCUUAUCGUAUUGCCCAGCUAACAGUAUGAAAUAGGCUCAAAUGGCUCAGUACAGAUUAGAUUUACCUCUUACGCAACAAGGUACAAGAUCCAGGGAGAAGCCAGAGACCUGCCUUGGGAAGAGCUUUGUCCUCUGUGGGCCAGGGAAUCCCUUGGCAAUACCCCUUACACAUGUAGAGAGUAUCAGGUUGCUUCCCAGCAACUCCACUGGAAGAAUACUGCACUGAAAAGGGAUUCCUUUGUUCACAGAGGCCAGGAUAAAUAAGGUCUAGGGGUUUCUGAUUCUUAUCUUAAAUAACUCAAUGUUUUAAUUACAGUUUUUGUAACCAUAUUUUUAAAAUUUGAUUCCUUUCAAGUUUGCCAGCUCUGUCAUACUUGAUAAACAGGACAAGCAUCUACAUUUGUCUCCUCAAAAUAUGUCCUAACAGAUUCAGGCUUUGGAAAAAGCACCCUUGCCAACUCCCCAGAGGGACAUCUCAUCAGUUUAUUGGAUUCUGCCACUUUUACAAGGUUUGCUGAGACUUCUUCUGUUUUGAAGGGGUUUUUUCCCUUUCAGCCUCAGCAAGCAUUUUUUUCUUCUCUGCCUUUCCCUCCUUUCUACCCCCAUUCCCAAGAAUCAAAUAAUUUCCCUGUCCCAGACCUGCAGAUAAGGUUAGAUGUGUGUUUUGUCAGACAGCAUGUGUCUGCUCUUGUGUCUGGAGUUCUCCUCCUCCUCCACCUCCUCCUCCUUCUCACUUGUCCCUGCUUACCUUUGGUAACUUUGUUUUGGCACCAGGAAAUGUUUUGAUCCUUUACUAUCAACACUGAGUGUGGGUAUUUGGUAAACUGCUGUAAUAGUUUAUUCUUCACUUUAGUAGAGAAGAAAAAAUCUGAGCCUGGUUUUCAGAGAUUUCAUGUAGUUUGGGGAACAAAAAAAAUAAUCAUAGACUCAAAACCUGUUUGGUUUUCUCCUCCCACCACAGACUGGACACUUGCUAGGUGAGUAGGGAGCUGGAAGGAGAUACCUUCUGAGAUUGUCUGAUAUAACUCUGCAGUUCCUACGCUGGACAUUGUGGAGAGUUUCUCCUCCAAGCAGAAAAUUACUGCUUACACUUCUUUAUCGGGUAUCAUGCGGUAGAGCUUUUGCACUACACUUCCUGCAGAUAUAAUUACACCUAUUUCAUAGCUAAACCAAACAUUGGACAUUUGCCCAGAAUAUCUCCCACAGAGGUAGAAAAAAGUAGCCCAAUAUGUGCAGGUCUUCUCUUGAAGUCACAUUAAGAUUUCAUGCAAAACCCUGAGCAUUCAUAAUACUCAACUACCCAGCAAGAGCUGGACAAAAUGAAGGAAACUCCUGUUCAUGGACAGGGGACAAUUCAUUCCCAGAUGAGGAUCCCAGAUGAGGCAUAUUAUAUCUGACCUCCUGAGCCCUAUUUUUCUGUCUGAAAGUGAUGUGAGUGCCUUUUAUCAGCUCUCUAUACAGUGAUUUUUCCCCAGAACAUCCUGUGCCUUGUAAGGAUGUGUCCAAAGCCUUCCUGACCUGUAAUGAAGUGAAUGCCAGCUAGUGACCAGCUCUGGAGUCCCAAUUCAGUCUGCAUCCCACCAACCCUCAAAGGAUGAAGAACCCAAUUCUCGUUCUAAAGUUAAACCUCAUCUGUGAUUUCAAAAUAUCUGUAGGUCAUACCUAGAAUUAGGAAAACAAUGACUUAGAUCCAAAAGUGCCUGUCUUCUCAUAGGACUCUGAAUAUCUGAAGGUGAAAUAAAGGGUGGGUUAGAUUUGUUAUAGCUUUUUUUUUUUUUAAUGGACUAUUCAGUGUUGGUCUUCAUUAUUUUUUUUUAUCCUUUUGAAAGCUUUUAGAGCCUCCUGCAUAACCGCCUCUGCCCCAUUCAGUGCUGAAUGGACGGUGCGCUGAUCUUUUUCUUGGUGGGUAAUGGAUUUGGGUUGAUUGCUUGACACAGGGACAAUAGGGGGGUAAACAAUUGCCUUCGCACCCGUGCAGCUCCCCAUCUGUUGAGUGCGUGCGCCUUCAGAGGCAGCCGGGCAGGGACAGAUGAAUGCGCCAGCCGAGCCUGAUGUUAAUGACAUCAGUCAUACAAGCAGAACAUGUGGCGCAAUAAAUCAAAAACUAAUUGAACUUUUGGUUGAUUAUAUUGCCGUCCCACUGCCUGCUUCAAGCACGGCACGGUUUCCUGGGACAAUGCCCCCAGCCCCGCAAAGGCUUUGCUGCCCCUGGACAGCAGGAGCCUGCCCUGGGAGGUGACAAGUGACAACAGCUUCUCUUCGUGCACUGCUUUCUUGAGACAGCGACACCUUCCACUCAACCAAAAUGCUUCCAGGCUUAGGAUGUCUAUUUGACCAAUAUUUAUUAUUUCAAAUAAGAAACGUUCAUCAAUAUGACAGUGACGGCCCAUGUUCACUGGCACUUUCCAUCUGGGACUGUUGGUGGCAGACAUCUCUAGGAGAAGACAGCGCUUGUUUUUGUGUUAAUUAGACACACACGUGGUAGUAAUGAAGGCUAUUCAUUAGACUGAUAUAAUUUAAUAUCAUUAUUCACACUUGAAAAUACUCCAACUACAUCAGUUGUUGCAGCCUGCAAGCCAAGAUUUUGUCUUGUGUGUCCAUGGCAGCAUUAAGCCGCCAGAAGUUGAGGGGGCUGGUAUUCAUAGAGGUGGAAAGGAACAAUUUCUGAUGGGAGUAUUAAGAAAUGAAAAGCUCUAGCAAGAAGACCCUUUAUUGAAGUCCAUAAAUAUGGGAUUAGACCCCAGACCCAUCAAGUCAGGAACCCAUCCAUGACCGAGCCACCUUUACUCCCCUUGCACCGACAGACAUGCAGGGGGCAUGGACAUCUAUGCACAUCUGCUUUUCUUUGACAUCUGCUUUUGAAAUGUUGCUUUGAAAAACCCAGGAUUCCAGUAUUUGUUUAUGAAAUGAAAAGGUAAAGCACAAAAUGCUUUUUUCAUACCUAGAAUCAUCUCCUCAUUAUGUGUAAGGAGCAAAAUUUUAUGGUAAAUGUGUUAGAGUACACAUUUAACCCAACUUAUUUCAAGCAUCUUUGCAGUACUUCUGUAAACAUUUGCCAAUAGAUUAGACUUUAAUUAUGAGCUAUUUAUUGCAGAGGAUUCUCCACACCGGUAAAAGCAAAUGUAAAAUAAAAUGCUGCUAUCUGAGUAGAGGCUUAAGCAAGAGCUAAAUUAAAUCUUUGUGUUAAUAUUAUUCAUAGAAAGGCAGAUGGGAGCAGAAAAUGUUGCAAUGAAGAAUAUGGAAUGAGAUGAGAUCACAGCAUCAGUCUGUCCUUUGUAGAUCUGGACAAUGAUCACAGAGCCAGAUUGGAUUAGGGAAACCUAUUUACCAGAAGUUCAGAGCGGUUGCAUGAAGCUGAAAGGCAGUCAGUAAGGAGAGGUGGAAAAUGCACCAGAUUUACAGCUGCAGCGAUGAAAAUUUAGAAGUUUUCACUGUGAUUUCUUCCAAAUCGUGUAGUCCUGCCCGAAGACGAGCCAAAGCUACGCAGCACAUCCUAGCAAAGAGUGUGGUGGCCAUAUCGGACCGCCGGCCGCACCAGGGCGAGCUCCUGCAGGUGCUGUACGAGGCCAGGGGCGAGGAGGAGGCGCGGGGCGCAGGCGGCCUGCGGGCCGGGCAGCGGGCAGCCUGCCCCGCCAAGGCCGCUGCCCAGCACGUGGGAAUUACUGAACAAGAGUCAUCCAAGUCCUAUAAUCAUCUGUUGGAUGGAAAAUCUUUGAUUCCCCCAUCUCCUGUUGCCCAUAUCACGGUGAAAGCUGUGGCUGUCACGAGCUCGCCCACACGCAACCGCGCUUCUACAGAAGAGCAGCGCUGGAGGAAGACAACAGAGUAUGACCUGGCCCUGCCACCAGGAGCAGAAGCUUCCCUACCACUGACAGGAGGCAACCUGUGUGGGACACCCAGCCUCCUGAGGAAGAUGUGGAUGAAGCACAAGAAGAAGUCAGAGUACCUGGGGGCGACAAACAGUGCCUUUGAGGCGGACUGAUAAGGGUCAGCAUCCAUUGGAAGGGCAGAAGGUCCUUUAGCAGGACAAGGUGCUUUAGGAUCAAUCAGGGAGCAGACUCAGCACAGCUCAUCCAGGAAAAUGAUAUUCUUUUUAUUACUUGAUGCCAUUGUCUCAGAGCAGUGGGAGAAAGGCAAACAAAGGUAAAAAUGGUGAACACAAUGCAACUCAAUGGCUUUUCCUUGUUGCAUUACACUAAAAUCCCAACAAACCCACUAUAUUUACAUCUUGACUCAAUGCUGAGACUACUGCUGACCCAUUCACAAUUUCCUAUGUCCUGUCUGAAUGAGCUUGGACUUGGCAACAAGAGAAGUCUAUUAAGAGGUUUGAGUAUUCCUGCAAGGCAACAGAUUGAUUACAGAGUGCCAUUAAUCCCAGGGAUCUACUUGUGUGCACCACUGCCUGUCGUCUUCCCCUGUCAUAUCAUGAGAUAAAAACCUCAUCUUACAAUAUGCUUGACACAUCUUGUGAAUGACAUAUGCUAAACAUCUCUUUUCCUUCAGUUUUGAUGUUUCAAGGCAGGAGUAAAAGAUGCAAAAAUUCUAAAACAACAGGCCAGAACUGAGCACGUUUUCAAACAUACGUACCAAACUGUGCUAAGUAACAAAAGACUUGUGUUUUAAGUUUUCCUGCCAGAUCAAGCUAUGAGCAACAGGAUAACCUCAAGGGAUACUUUCCGCCAUAUAACCUGCUUAUAAGUGAAAUGGUAGUCAGCAAUUUACCCUCUACCCAUGUGGUAAAGGAUAUUACAUUAAGUGCACAAAAUACUAGGAGGAAGGGAAGUAUGUAAAUGGUACAACUAGGUGACUAAGUAUAAGAUAUUUGCAUGUAAGAGACCUGUGCUUAUGAAUAGAUGGAUUUAAUGGGAUUUGCUUUAAAAUUUUUUCUUUCUCUUUUUUUUUUUCAAUUUAGAAAUUGCUAGUCAGGUGCUUUUCAGGUUUCCUCUCAAAAAAGAAUGAAACAGUUUUACAAAAAAAGUUUUCACCACUGUUACGGACAAUAUUAUAUUAGUCAUGAGCAGUACUUGCCUUCUGUGAGUGUUCUCCUAGUUAUUAUAAAAAACCCACUGGUUUCCCUAAAUACAGAACUUUAUAUUUAAACUCAGAGGAGGCGUAUCUCCUGUUUAUAGUGAUGAUGACCUCUAAUCUAACCGCCAAUGCACCAAAGCGUAAAUUAAAAAUAAAGGUCUGACUCUGUGACAGCAGCAGAGGGAAGGAGCUCCCAUCUGAAACUUGCUUGCCUGCAGCCAGUGCAGUGAAAUGCACUGAGAUGCCAUCACAGACAAUGCCAUGGUAGUGGGGGGCAGCUGGCCCUGGUCAGGGGUCACCACCUCAGGAGUACCAAGGGACCUCCUGGGUGGGAGGGAAGCCAGGACUUCUGGCUUUGGGUUGAGCAGGGUGAAGUAGCACACAGGAGAGGUUUGCAGCUUGACAGCCUGAGCAACCAAAGUUCACGGAAUGGGAAAACAAAUGGAGCGGGCCAGUAGCUUUACAGAGCAUAUGGUCCUAAUGGCUGCAAGGAGGGACACAGCAAAAACCUAUUUAGGGCUGAACAUGGUGGAAAUGGUAGUAGGAUGGGGAUGGAAGAUUUUACUUAAAAAGAACUGUGGCUUUUCAUACUGCUAGAGCCCAGUCAGUCCAGAGUGUGCAUAGGAGAGAGAGGGACUGCACCUUCAUGAAAUACCUCUGUAAGCCCUCCUGUUCCGCUCUCCAUCACUGCUCCAGUCACAGGUUCCUCCGUCAGAGGUGCUCAACUGGUCAGAGGAAAACUUUGCACCUCGAAACCACACAGACUCUCCCUCUUCAUUACCAAAGGUGAAAGUCCUUCUCUGGCCCAGCAGCCCGAGACAGGGAUGAUCUGCUCUCCAACUUUUAUUUCUUGCUCGUGGGAAAGAACACAGUUCCUUGUGAGCCACAUGCUGGCAGUAGUGACUCAGUGUCAACCAUGUGUUUCUCUGCCCUGGCAUGAGAGAGCAAUGCUGACACCCACUGAAGGCUGCACACCUGAACAUUCCCUGCAAGAGGUUUCUCAGAGGGGUCCACCGCACCUUUAAAUUAGACCCUGGCACACUGAUCCUGCACAAAAAUCCAAGCACCCUGACCCUUGCCAACGUCAGGUCCUCUAUGACUGGGCCAAGCUGGAGCCAUGGUCAAGAGUUUCCUGAAACACUUUUUACAAAUAUCACUAACCACACUUCAAACCCCUCCUCAGCCCAUAGAACUCCUGCCAGAAACCCAUAUAUGUCUUUUUACACAUAUAGGUAAACCUAGUAAAUUCAGUGGGACUGCUCCCCUACAUAGCAGUACAUACAUUCAAAGAGUUGGGAGAAGACCAAUCACUGCUUCCCCUUUUUGGUCUCAUUUCCUAAACAAAGGAAAAAUAAGGAUGAUGGACAGACACUGGGAAAAGUCCUUUUACUGAAUUAGGUGUAAUUAAGAGAGUGAACAUUUGUGGUACCUGCCCUUGUAGAUAAUAUUGUCCAAAAAGUACUCAAACCCAGGACAGCAAGAGUUUUGCUUGUUGAGGAAGUUGCAUUGGAAUAGUAGUAUUUAUUUGUUAAUUAAUAGCUUUGAGCAGUAUGAGGUUAGAGGUGGAGAUGAUUAAUAUUUCUUCUUAAUAAUUGCUGUAUCUUGACAUAUGUAUUUAUGCUUUUCUUAUUUAUUUAUUUAUAAUUUGGAUCUACAAGAGAAGGAGCUAUUUACAAGAAGCACAUUUAAUUUCCUUGUA